ACCAGUUAAGGAGUAGGAGCCAUGGCUGCAACUGCUCAGUAUCUACCCAGGAAUAACACCUUGCCUUCCAAUCCUCUGAUGCAUCCGGACUCCGACAGGAUGCACCAGGGUACCACCUACAGAGAGGUGCAGAAGAUGAUGCACCAAGAGUACCUUCAAGGCUUGGCCACCAAUGCUGGUCACCCAAUGAGCCUCACUCACCAUCAGUGGCUGCCCAAUCCGACCAGUGACUGGGGUAGCGGAUCCCACCUGUCUGGGCAGACGGAACAUGGCAAAGGAGGCGUGCAGAGCAGCAGAGAGGAUAUUAACAGCAGCUUCCAUCACCACAGGUCACAUCUUGUCCACCCGCAGACGCCCAGUAGCCAUGCAUGGGCGCAAAGUGGGGGACAUCACCUGUCUCCCAUGUCCCCAGGUUCUAACAGCCACCAGCCCCUCAUCUACUCCCAGUCCUCCUACACGAAUCUCAACGGCAUGCUGGGACCCCAGGCAUCUUCCUUGCACCACAGUAUGAGAGAUCCUUUGCACGAAGACCCCGGGGUCCACGACACCCACGUAGAAUCACCUCCUCAGCAUCUUAACCACCACCAGGACCAUUCGGACGAAGAUGCCCCCAGCUCCGACGACUUGGAACAGUUUGCCAAGCAGUUUAAGCAGAGGAGGAUCAAGCUGGGCUUCACCCAGGCAGAUGUUGGUUUAGCUCUGGGCACCUUGUAUGGCAACGUCUUCUCCCAAACCACCAUCUGUAGAUUUGAAGCUUUGCAGCUCAGCUUCAAGAAUAUGUGCAAGCUGAAACCCCUGUUGAACAAAUGGCUAGAGGAGACAGAUUCCACCACGGGAAGCCCCACUAACCUAGACAAGAUCGCUGCCCAGGGGAGGAAAAGGAAGAAGAGGACCUCCAUAGAAGUUGGGGUAAAGGGGGCUUUAGAGAACCAUUUUCUGAAGUGUCCCAAACCCUCAGCCCAUGAGAUCACCAGCCUGGCAGACAGUCUCCAGUUGGAGAAGGAGGUGGUGAGAGUUUGGUUUUGUAACAGAAGGCAGAAAGAGAAAAGGAUGACCCCAGCAGGGGUUCCUCACCCCCCCAUGGAGGAUGUGUAUUCACAGGCAGAAACACCACCACUUCAUCACACACUGCAAACCUCUGUACAAUGACUAAGAAAUAUAUAAGGAGGGCAUGUGAGGGGGUGGGGAUGAAGUAAGUACUUUUGGAUUUUACAAAAAAAUAGUUACGGGACCCUUAGAAAAAGACUGGAGGACCUUUCACCACAAGAUUAAGUUAAGACAUAAACUACAAUAAAAAUCCCCUUUCCCGAUUCUCUUUGGUACACCUCAACACAUCUAUAUGUCUUGUUCCUUCUUCAAGGUAAAAGGAGAAGGGGUUGGGAGGUAUUUAUUAAUCAGGAUAUUUUGGGAUGGGUUCAACUAAUAAGAACUGUGAAUAUUUUUAUUAUUAUUAAUGUAAAUCCUCAUUCUAAGAAAGACGUUGGCAGCUUUGAAUGGAAAUAUGUGUUAUUUAUUAAUUAGACUAUUUAACCCCUAAAGUGCAGUAGAGGGGUUGAUAGAAACCCCUGCGGUUAAAAAAAUCACAUUUAUUUAUUUGGUUGCAACAAACAAAAUAUGAUUGAUAAUCUUUUAAAACAAAAGAAGGCAUAUCAAAAGUUUGUACUUUUUUUCUUCUUUCUAAUUUAUUUGAUUUGUUGUUUUUUUUCUAUUGAUUCCCUGAGUGUUCAUUGUGGAAUCAAGUGUGUAUUCCUUACCUAAAAAAGAUUAACAAUGCCACAUUGUUUUGUGUUUUUCUUUCUGGCAAAUGCUUUAUUUAAACCAAAAUUUCCAUGCACUGGAAGAAUAUAACAAAAUAUUAAUUAACAAGGUACUUGAAUUAUUUAGUCUGUUUUAUAAUUGCCAUGGUUUUAUGGUUCCAUCUAAUGCCAGUUUUUGUUAUUUAAGGUUAAUUAAUCUGGCUUGCCAUUUGCCAUCAUACCAUUGCUUUAAAAUAUAUCUUUCUAACCUCUACUCAUCUUUUAGGACAUGCAUAUAACAAAAACACACCCAAAUCUCCAAAGGUUUCCAAAUAUAUUGUGUGUUCUGUAAGAAGGGGCAUAUACAGAAAAAGAUCAAAAUGACAGACAUAUUCCAUUAUAAAGCAAAACUUUAAAACAGAUUUUUACUGAAUGACAUUGUAAAUAUGUGUUAUAUGUAUACAUAUGUAUGUUUUUGGAAAGUUGUGUAUGUUUUGUUUUGUUUUUCAUUCUACACACUUUUGUACACUAAUUUGAAGAGGAUAUUUUAAUAUUAUUUCCAUAUAAAACCUGACCCUUUCUAUUUAUUUUCUCAAUUUUUUUUGUUUUUGGAGUUUGGCUCUGUAAAUUACUUUGCAAUAUAUAUAUAUAAAUAUAAUUUUUUUUUUAUCAAUUUUUUUUUUUGUUUGGUGAAUUGUUUGUAACUUUUACAAAUGUAGAUUUGCAAUUUACUUUUUAUAUUUAUGUUAAAGUAAUAUUGUAUUACUUACAUAAAGAGAAACCCCUUUAAAAUGCCUCAUGUCUUUUUUUUAUAUAUAUAUAUAUAUAUAAAUAUAUACAUCGAUAUAUACUUAAAUUACUCAAGGCGUUGAUUUUGAAUUAAAAUUCCAAACAGGAAUGUGUUUAUUCAAUUUAAAAUAAAUUCUAAAUGUAUUUGUGUUAGUACAUUUUGUUCACCCAAUGUUAAAAAUUAUACAGUCACUUAAAUUUAAAAACGAGAGGAGUGGUGGAUUUCAUUUUUGUAAAUCCUAUUUCUAUCCUAAUUAUUUUUAUGUUUUUUUUCUUUCACUCUUCAGCUGAUUUUGUUACAAAUUUGGAUUACCACACACAAGACCAUAAAAAUCUAAAAUAUGACAGAUAGUGUAUAUAGUUAGAGGACAUGAAGCCGGUAUAUUUAAUUUAUUUUUCUUUUCUAUGUGCAUAAAAUUUGAUUGCAAACCAUGUGGCUGACUCUGUUCUAGAAAACAAAUUUAAUAAAUCUCAACUUUUCAUCAUUUGAUUUCAAAGAGUGAUCAAAUAAAAGCCCUUAAACUGGUA